CUCUGUUUUGAAGCCCUACUCCGAGUUCAAAACUCGCCAUCCCCAGCGAUCCGAGUCCGAGUCCAAGUCGUCUUCCUCCUCCACCGCCUUCUUACAUUGACAGUACACAAGAUGGUGAGAGAACCUGUAGAUUCGAGCAAGAUGUCGAGCGCUCUGAAGUUUCUCUGCAGCUACGGCGGUAAAAUCGUGCUCCGCAAGUCCGACGGCGAGCUGCGCUACGUCGGCGGCUUCACCAGGAUCCUGUCGGUCGACCGCUCCAUAUCCUACGCAGAGCUGAUGGUGAAGCUUAUGGAGUUCUGCGGGUUCUCCGUCGCGUUGAGGUGUAUGCUGCCGGACGGCGACUUGGAGACGCUGAUCUCGGUGAAGUCCGACGAGGACCUGGCCAACUUGAUCGCGGAAUACGACAGAGCUUCCCUGACGUCGGCUUCUCCCAAGAAGAUCAGAGCCGUUCUGUCUCCGCCGGAAUCGCUGAAGGUCGUGUCUCCGGCUGCGUCCUCCACAUCCAGCAUCGACCUCUCCGCCCGCAACUCCCCAACGCACGCGACCGGUGACCCGUGGCGUACCGGGAGCCGGUCGCCGCCGGUUCAUUCCCAGGUCAGAGCGGGGAAAUUACGUUGCUACCCCUUCUACGUUGAGCCGAGGAAGGUUUGGGUAGGCGGUCACUGCUGCAAGUACUGCCACUGAAACGGAAACGGGAAAAAUCGAGAAGAAUCGAGACGAGGAGGAUAAAGAUAGAGUGAUUUACACAGAUUUAAAAACGAAUUUAGAAUUACAAUCGGGAAUGACAAGUGUGAUUGGAUUAGAGCCUGUACAGUAUUCGUUCCCAAAGAAUUCCUUCC